GUGACGACGACCACCACAGACCAUGCCCCCGAGAAGAACAAGUUCGAGAAGCAGCGCUUGGAGGAGAUCGGCGUGAACGUGGAAGGUGGAUAUGUUGAUGGGAAGGUCCAAGUCUCGCGUGCUUUCGGAGAUGUUGCCGGUGAGACCGGGAAGAAAGUCCCCGGGCUUAUUUGUACCCCCGAAGUCUUCGUCGUGAGUGUCAAAGACACCACAGAGUUUGUACUUCUUGCCACUGAUGGCAUCUGGGAUGGUUUGCGAGAUCAGACGGCAAUCACAACAGCCCGCAAAGUGCUGCGGGAGACAAGGUCCCCAGAAGCUGCUGCAAAAGCAGUUGUGGAAGCGGCUGCAAACGUCACGAAGGCCGACAAUUCGGCCGUCGUUGUUGUAGCACUGAACAUCCCCGAGCCCCUGCCAAAACGCGAGCCGGGGCAGCGGCGGAAAUACGGCCUGGAUUCCGCGGUCGUGGGGGAGAACCUGGGGCCCAAGAACCAGGCGAAGCGAAGCCGCCCGCAAAGCUUGGAGAGGCUUAGAGCUGAGUAG